UAAAGAAAGGAAGUAGAGAUGUUUUUUUAGGGCUGAGGAUGGGAAGAGAACAAAGGAAAAGACAGAAAGCGCAACGUCAUAGUUAUCCCCGUAGGGUUUCCCCCUCUUCAUUAGUUUUGUGGUUCUGGCUUGUUGUUUUUGUACUGCUUGAGGAUUACAGAGGAAUCUCCUUUCAUCCACAUCUCUCUCUGUCUCUUUAUCUGAGUUUUAUCAUGAGCUUGUUAUUCCACCACCAACAACAAAAGCUGCAAGUUUUGGAAGAGAAUAUGUCUAAUUUGACUUCUGCAUCUGGUGAGGCAAGUGUUUCUUCAGGGAAUAGAACUGAAGUUGGAUACUUUGCUACUCCACCACCUCAAACUCAGCCAGUUAAGAGAAAGAGAAGCCUCCCAGGCAACCCAGACCCAGAUGCAGAAGUAAUAGCUUUGUCCCCUAAAACACUGAUGGCCACAAACAGAUUCAUGUGUGAGAUCUGUGGCAAAGGGUUUCAAAGAGACCAGAACCUUCAGCUUCAUAGAAGAGGUCAUAAUUUGCCUUGGAAGCUAAAGCAAAGAACGAGUAAAGAGGUGAGGAAGAAAGUAUAUGUGUGUCCAGAACCCAGCUGCGUGCACCAUGACCCAUCAAGGGCGCUUGGGGACUUGACUGGAAUCAAGAAGCAUUUCUUUAGGAAACAUGGUGAGAAGAAGUGGAAAUGUGAAAAGUGUUCCAAAAAGUACGCGGUUCAAUCGGAUUGGAAAGCUCACUCCAAGACCUGUGGCACUAGAGAAUACAGAUGCGAUUGUGGAACUAUCUUCUCAAGGAGGGAUAGUUUCAUCACUCACAGAGCCUUCUGUGAUGCCUUAGCAGAGGAGAGUACGAGGGCUAACCCACUUGUGAAAGCGCAACACCAACCAGCUGGUGCAGCAGCUCAGCUUAAUCUACAUGUGCCCCAGUUCAAUCCCCAAGAUAUCCGAGCAUUUUCACUUAAAAAAGAGCAACAAAGUUUCACAUCUGUAAGGCCAGAGAUUCCUCCAUGGCUCGUUACCCAACCAAUGCUUGGGACUAGUCUGGGUCCACCCCACACGAUUGACCUUUCCCCUUCAUCAUCGUCAAUCUUCUUCCCAACAUUAGAUUAUCAUCAAGAAUUCACACAAGCUCAGUACCAUGAUCUAUCACUCCAUGAAAACCAUAACCCUAACCCAACUCUUCCUCCUUUCCAUCCAACAACAACAGUGCCUUCCCCACACAUGUCGGCUACUGCAUUACUUCAGAAAGCAGCUCAGAUGGGCGCAACCAUGAGCACCAAAACUAGCUCAUCAUCGGCACCAGCUACCACCACUGCUACACCUGCGGUUGCCUCCUUGAUCAGACCCCACCAACAUACUCACGUGUCUGAUGAUUCUGCUGGUUUUGGCCUCAACUUGGCUCCACUUCAACACAUGAGGAAUUCUUUGUCGUCCGCCGCUGGAUUCGACUCCGCUUCAUUCGAUGAUAUAUCAUUUUCUGGGAUCUUCAACGCAAAGGCCGGUGGGAGUUUCAUCGAUGAACCAUUCUCGAAAACAACUAUACCAACAGAAACAACAAGAUCUGCUGGAAAUGAUCACGAAACUACAGGCGCUACAAGUAAUUCUCAAGGCGAAAGCUUGACAAGAGAUUUCUUGGGUCUUAGAGCCAUCUCUCACAGCGGUAUUCUCAACAAUGCUGGUCUUAAUAACUGCAUCAACACUUCGCAUGAACAACAACGCAACCAAACUCAGCUACCACCUCAAGGCUAGGUAUUAUAGUAGCCUUCUUCUUUCCUCCAAGUACUGUUUCUUUCUUAUUUCAAGUUUACGCUUUUACCUUUGCUACAUUCUUCCCAAAGGGAAAGACCUCUGAAAAUCAACUUCCUUAAUUACAUAUGUUAUAUUUUUCCCUUUUGUUUCAAACUUAACGUCGUAUAUUCUUCA